AGUUCUGGUCGUUGUCCAGCACUGCCAUAUGUGCAAUUUUUAUUCCCAUUCCAGUUGGUAAGAAAAGUGUAAUUGUUACGCUGCGGCAGUGAAAUUUUACUAUUAUUCGAUUCCCAUCCCAAGUCACUGCACAUUGGAGUGCUAGAUAUCGCAAGCGCAACUCAGACCAAGGCUAAUCCGAAACCAUGUCCGACGACUUCGAUGGCUGCGAGUGCGUCUGGUCGCAGGAGAAUGCGAUGCAGCGGCUUAUCAACUUCAUACGACAGAACCAGAAUGCCUGCACGGACACCGAGUGUUUGGAUGUCGCCGGACGCACUUCGCAGCAGGCGCAGGUCGCCGGACGAAGCGAUGACAGCGGCUUCUCCGUCGCCAUGAUCUUCCUGAUCGUGGCCAUGUUCAUGUACAUAGUGAACCCGAGUACCUGGGGCAACUUUACCAGCAACAAGCAAGCUGGCGGCCGACGCGACAAUAACCAGGACGGCUCUCCGCCGCAGCCUCCUCCGCCGGCCAUCAACUAGGUGACUCCGAGGACCCUUGCUUCUACGAAACCUGAGCAUCCACAACACAAUUUGCAAACAGCAUUUCCUUGUUUUGUUAUUUCUCCCGCUAUUGGGAAAGAAUCCACGGAUAGAACCAGAUCAACCGACUUGGUGCCAUCCAUUCGCACGUUUACACAGAUUAGGCAAAUUAUACAUCCCUUACAUUGUACAAAACACUUAACCGCGCACUCUGAAACACACCGGCUUAUCAACUAACAUAUUUGGACACUUUUUAAAAGACUUUGGAAAC